UCUCCGUUAAUAACUUACUGUAAUUUUCUCUCUCUUUAGAUUAUCUGGGUGUAUGAUCACAGAAAAAGGCUGUUCUUCUCUGGCUUCAGCUCUUAAUUCAAACCCCUCCCACCUGAAAGAGCUGGAUCUGACCUACAACCACCCAGGAGAGUCAGGAGAGAAGCUGCUUUCUGCCAGACUGGAGGAUCCACACUACUCACUGGAGACACUCAGAAUGGAACAUGGAGGCGAAAUAAGAAUCAAACCUGGAUUAAAGAAAUACGGCUGUGAUUUCACACUGGAUCCAAACACAGUGCACCCUCUUCUCUCUCUGAGUGAGGAGAACAGGAGGGUGGAGAACAGGAGGGUGGAGUGUGGAGAGAAGCUGCAGUCGUAUCCUGAUCAUCCAGAGAGGUUUACUGGGUGGUGUCUGCAGGUUCUGAGUAGAGAGGGAGUUACUGGACGCUGUUACUGGGAGGCUGAGUGGAACGGAGAGAGAGGAGCUGCUGUAGCUCUGAGUUAUAAAACCAUCAGCAGGAAAGCAGGAUCAGACUGUGGGUUUGGAGGGAGUAUAAACUCCUGGUGUCUGAACUGCUCUGAUAACAGAUACACUGUUUAUCACAAUAAUAACAGCACUGAACUCCCCCCUCCUCCCUCCGGCUGUAGGAGAGUAGGAGUGUAUGUGGACUGUCCCGCCGGCACUCUGUCCUUCUACAGAGUCUCCACUGAUACACACUCACACACUCUCACACACUUACACACACACUCACACACACCCUCACACACUCUCACACACUUACACACACCCUCACACACACCCUCACACACUCUCACACACUUACACACACCCUCAAACACACCCUCACACACUCUCACACACUUACACACAUUCUACACCACCUUCACUCAGCCCCUCUAUGCAGGGAUUAGGGUUGAUUUUGGCUCCUCAGUGACUCUGUGUAGAAUAGAAUAACCCUGUGUGUGUGUGUUUAUCUGUGUGUGUGUGUGUGUGUGCGCAGUGAAUGUGUCUGUGUAUAGUGUGUGUGUAUAUAGUGAGUGUGUGUGUGUGUGUGUGUGUAUAGUGAGUGUGUGUGUGUGUGUUUUUGUAUAGUGAGUGUGUGUGUGUGUGGAUAGUGAGUGUGUGUGUGUGUAUAGUGAGUGUGUGUGUGUGUGUGUGUAUAGUGAGUGUGUGUGUGUGUGUGUGUAUAGUGAGUGUGUGUGUGUGUGUGUGUAUAGUGAGUGUGUGUGUGUGUGUGUGUGUGUGUGUGUGUAGUGAGUGUGUGUGUGUGUGUAGUGAGUGUGUGUGUGUGUGUAUAGUGUGUGUGUGUGUGUGUGUGUGUGUGUAGUGAGUGUGUGUGUGUGUGUAUAGUGAGUGUGUGUGUGUGUGUGUGUCUGUGUGUGUGUGUGUGUGUGUGUGAUGGCACCAUUGCUGUGGGUUAAAUUUUAAACGUCACUUUUUGUUUUUUGUUUUUUUCUCUUUUGCUCUUCUUAAUUUUUUAACCCCUUUGUUUCAUCUAUUCUUUAUCUGUAUAUGAUAAACUGUAUUUUACAUUCUUUCAAUAAUAAAUAUAUAUAAUCACAAAAAAGUCCUUAUUCCUUUAUCAUUCAGCACACUGUUAGUGAUUAUUGUACUAUAUAUAUCACGAUUCUCUAAAUCCUCGAUUCCAUUUUAUUUCUGAUUUUAGGAUCACGAUUCGAUUUAAUUCUCCAUUUUCUUUGUUCUUUUUUUUUACAGCAGAGAGGUCUAUGCCAGUUUUAGAUUAGUCUAUGGUCAGUCAUUGGUUUGAUUCAUCAAAUUUACAAUAUCUUAUUUCAAAAGGUGGGCUUGAUAUAAGUGAUGCAAAGUGAUACAAGUGAUCUGUAAUACACCACAUUAGGGACUAAUGGUCAAAUUUAAAUAAUUUAAUUAAGAUAUAUAUGUAAUACCAUCUAGUUGCUUUUUUUGGAAGCAGCAGUGUGCACUAUUAAAACAGCAAUGUGCAACAUAACAAAAUAAAUAAUACAAAAAUACAGGAACAGUCAUGUACAAAAUAAUAGAACAAUUAGAGCCUUAACAAACUGAACUCUAUCCUACUAUAACAGUUAAACAUGAAAAAUAAGACUUUAAGACUUUUUCUUUAAUAAAGAUAUAUUAUUAACUUUAUCUGAGAGAAAGAUGCUCCUUAAGGUACCAAAACUAUUAACAUAUUUGAGGCUAGACAAAACAACUGUUAUUUUUAUAUGUUUUAAGUUUUUCUUUAAGAAGAUGAGAAUGUUCACAUUCUCUGGAGAAAGGGCUGCUCUUUCAGCAGUCACAAUGUCCGCGGCGUCGGCUACAGUGUGCUGCGCCAUUAGCGUAGCUUAGAGGGAGGGAUCGUCCAUCCUCUUUUUCACUUCGAGGCUCGAGACCAUGACAUCAUUUCCAUCGUGACACCCCUAGUAUAUAUAUAUAUAUAUAUAUAUUGUAAUAUGUACUAUAUAUAUAUAUCGUUUAUGGUAUGUUGAUUUUCUCUGGCUGCUGUUUACUGGUGUUGAAUCUGCUCGUUUAGAGAACCCACUGUACCCCUACGUAUUUAAUAAAGU